UCUGCCGCGAAAUGUAAACAAAUGAAAAGAAAUAGAAUCCAAAUUUAUUUCUGUUUUCUCCUAACAAAAUUCUAAAAUUACACAACGCUACUUGAUCGAUAUUUGCAGUUUAGAUUUUGUUCGUUCCGAAUGGUGAAAUUUAUGCUGCUUUAAAAAUUAAGGAAGUGGCUAGGGACCCUGUCGCAGUGUUGGAAAAAUUUGCUGGAAUAGUUUGUUGACAUUUUAACUGCUCAUUUGCACUGGGUGAUGUUAAAGACAUAAGCAUUGGGCAGCACUGUCAAAGUCAUCCAGGACCUUGAGGUUGUUCCAAGAGCAAACCAUGACCGAUAGUGUAUCUCGUACUCCUGUGACAGGAGCAUGGUCAGCCCGCAGACCUAACAGCAUUCUAAGGACAGUGCCAACUGGAACUCCGUUCAGGACACCAAACAGAAGAAGGUUUGGACCUUUAGGUACAUCAUGGCGCACACCAGGAACCAGGUUAGACAGUGAGAUUAGUACCAGCACACCAGUGAGCCGGGCAGUAAGAACACGAGAUAUUCAGGAAGUGACACAAAGAACAGAGUUGGAGGAACACAAUAUUAUGGAACUAACAAGGAAGGUGUGGCGUGUGUUUCGGCUGACACCAUUACACAACUUCUGUGAAAAGAAGUCAGAUCUACAGCACUACUCUAGGAGUUUAUCAUCACAUGUAGCAGCCGAGAGUAAACGAGGAACUUUCAUAGAUACCAGUGAACCUGGUGAUGCUACAGUUGGCCUGUUUUCUGGACUGGAUGUGGGAAUAGAAGACCACAAGGCUGUCCUUGUAGACAUCAGAGGAAAGGCGAGGAACAAGGAGGAGGAGAAAGUAAUAGGUCAGGCGGUAUUAUUCAGCACUGACCUAGAGUACAACCCACUUAAGCCCACUUUACAGUCCCACUUCACAUACUUCUCUAACAUGCUCGUCCGUGGACCAGAGACAUUGUCACAGACUGUACAGAACUGGUUAGAGGUUCAGUUUGACUGCAAAGUUGUUCCACAGACAUUCCCAUCACAUGAAUUAUCUUUCAUGGCAGCAAUGUUUACAGGAUUUAAUGAAGUGCAUAAGCCAUGUGAGUUAGUGUAUGGUGUACCAUCAGAAGUAGAGGGACUAUCUAACAUUGAUUACUCAACCAAGGCUGAGGAUUGUCUUAGAUUGUGGAACAGGAUACGAGAAUCUGAGAGCGAUAGUUUUACAUCAGAAGAAGCACAGAUGUUCAUAUCAGGACUAGAGGGACAUUUUUAUGAAAUUUUCAAUAUAAAAUUAAAUGCUAUGCCACUACUGACUAUUGGAACUUCAGUAGCGUUUGUUGGCAGAGAUGGAAAAUUAAAGUUAUAUACUAGAUCUGCUGAUAAUGUGUUGAAAGUUUUACGGCAUCUUACAGACCUGGCUCUAGACCAACUGAAAACAUUCUGAAACAAGAAGCAAGAUAAUGGACUAUGUUAUAUAGAAUUGAAUCUCCUGUGAUAUUGAACUGGAAUGAUAUGAUACUCCAAUUUAUAGUCCAUAUGAGCCGUGCCAUCAGAAAAUCAACAUAGUGGCUUUGCGACCAGCAUGGAUCCAGACCAGCCUGCGCAUCCACGCAGUCUGGUCAGGAUCCAUGCUGUUCGCUAACAGUUUCUCCAAUUCCAAUAGGCUUUAAAAGCGACAGCAUGGAUCCUGACCAGACUGCGCAGAUGCGCAGGCUGGUCUGGAUCCGUGCUGAUCGCAAACCCACUAUGUUGGUUUUCUCAUGGCACGGCUCAUAUACAGUAUGGAUGAAAUUGUAGUUCUUCUGCUCUAGAGAGGAAUAUUAUCAUCACCAUGUUGAUGUGUAUGCAAUAUAGACAACUUGACAAGAUGAUAGUAUGUUUACACAGAUUUCAAGAUGUUGAUACGACGGAAAGAGAAAAAUAAAGAAAAAUGCACUGAAAGUGUUUAGAAGUAAAAUGUUGUACCUAAAUAAGUGAAAUUUAAGAGCAAUUUGCAACUUUUUCUAUGCCAGUUUGCUCUAACUAGUCUCACGUUAGCAUCUUAAAGUAAAAGUGAUAUUAAUGUUUAGAGUGUCUGAUACAGAAGAACAUAUUUGUAUUUUUAUUUUUGCUGAAAUUUACUUCAUCUUCUGGCCAUGAAAUUUUGGAGUUUUGGCCAAAACCGCUUUUUUUUUUCUUUUUUUUUGGUGGGAAAUGCAUAGAUUUCAAAUUUUGCAGAUGAAAUGACAGAGUCUCAUUUACUUGUUAUGAUUUAAUUUUAAAUUUGUGGAUUGAUUCAAAAUUAGUCCCCAACAAAUGUUUAUGAUUUUACUGUAUAUAAGAAUAAGGGAAAGUGAUGAACCAUUUUAUCUGGGGAAAACUAUAUACUUAAACUAAAAAGUUUCGAAGCUAUUUUGAUUUUCAUUGAAGUAUUUGUGUCAGUCAGAAAAAUUUCAUUUACUGACACUGCUUGUGUUACACUAGUCGAGUAAAUUACACACAUUUUCAGGGUUGCCAGUAAGUUUGAAUAGACUGUACGAAACAAACAGUAGUUUGUGUUUUUAUAAUUCAUAAAUUUUUCUUUCAGUAGUUUAGAAUUACUUGUAACAAGCCUUGGAUUUGUCAGGAUCUAUUGUGAUUUGUCAGGAUCUAUUGUGAUUUGAGGAAUUUGACUGUCAGAAUAUUCCUAUAAAACACUAUAGAAUAAGGAGACUUCAGGAAAGGUUGUUUUUUUUUUGACAAUCCAGGUCUGAUGUAGAUUAUUCUUAUUAACUGUCAUUUCCUCUGGCAAAGCCUGUAGUCUUGCCAUUUUUCAGAUAUUGUAGUUUGUUGUUGGCACGUUUUCAGAGGGUAAUAUUUUGUUUUACUAUCACAAGUUGCCAGUUACUGAAAAUUAUGAAGGGGCCUCCGUGGCCGAGUGGUAAAGGUCGCCGACUUCAAAUCACUUGCCCUCAUCGAUGUGGGUUCGAGCCUCACUAGGGGCGUUGAAUUCUUCAUGUGAGGAAGCCAUCCAGCUGGCUUACGGAAGGUCGGUGGUUCUACCCAGGUGCCCGCUCGUGAUGAAAUAAUGCACGGAGGGGCACCUGGGGUCUUCCUCCACCAUUAAAGCUGGAAAGUCGCCAUAUGACCUAUCAUGUGUCGGUGCGACGUUAAAUCCAAAAAAAAAGAAAAUAUGAAGUUAUGCCUUAUGUGUACCAGUUGGAUUUUAUUCACUAUUUCAGAAAGCAUCUCGAGUUAGUUUUUACUUAAUUUAUAUAACCCAGUAGUAUUUACUUGAAAAACAUAAAUUUAAAGUUUUAAUUGUAUGGAUCUGCCAGUAGGAAGCAAAGUCAAAAGCAGCCUAUUUUUACCAAGUGUGUAUUAUUAUAUUAUACUAUACUGCACAUACACUUAAGAUCUAUGAAAUGAAACAAGGUCUGAAAUUAUCGUAAGAACCUAGAUAGAAGUCUUCCUAAAUCUUGUGGCAAGAGUAUGAGAUCUCUUUUAUCAGUGUAGAUGCUUUUUUUUGUACUUUACUUGAUAGGCAUCAUGGAAGUGUCUAUGGGGUAUGGAUCCAUACCUCUAGAAUAUGAUUCUAGAAGUAUGGAUCCGUACCCCUAGACUACUCAGUUACACAUCUAAUACACGUAUAGCUACGCACAGUAUAAAUGCAUUCCACCACUAAAUAAACUGGAAGUUUACAUUACACACGACAUUUAAUUGUGAAUGUGGUACUGUAAGUUAAUUAAUAUAUUUAGUCAAAAUCAUUCGACGAGGAUAUUCUACAUAAAAAGUAAACAUCUUGAAAUAAACUAUUUUAGUGAAUGAAGUGUAUUGCAUAUCUUUAAUAAUAAUGGUUAAAGGUAUAUACUGUAAAAUCAUUUAAUUUCGUGGGCAUGAAAUUUCGUGGUUUUGGUAAAAACGUCAAUUUCGUGGGGAUAUGAAUUCGUGGAUUUCAACUUUUGAACAUAAAAUUAAUGGGAAUUUUACUUGUUCGUUGGGAUUAAAUUUCGUGGAUUGACUCAACCACGAAAAUUAGUCCCCCACGAAUAUUAAUGAUUUCACAGUAUUCAGGAAUUAUUUUACCAUGUUGAUUUAAGGAAAUGGAAAAAUGUUGAUAAUUACUUGAUUGCUAUGGGACUAUAUGAUUUUAUACAAAAUAUGACAAAUGGUCUACCGACUUACCCUGUCCGUGGUAAAAAUUAGGAACAUUUAAAAAGAUAAGUGAAAUAUACCGGUAAGGUUAUUGUAUUGGUAGCUUGAUUUUGGAUGAUGUAUUCAGCUCGAGUGGACUUUGCGAGACCUCGAUCACCUUAAACAUGCAAGCAGUGUGUAAACCAGUUUGGUAAAAUUUAUGAGGAUCUAUAAGGCUUGCCUUUCAGUUGAUAUUUUGUGCAAGUAUUUCUAUUUACAAGCAAGUGCCUUCUCACUUGCCAGAAUUAAUAUUCCUAAACGAGUGUGUUACUCCAGAUCUGCAAAUGGUAACAAUAUUGAUGACUUUCUUUAAACAGUUUAUUGAAUUUGCUUUUGUAUUGCCUAUUUUGCAAAUAAAUUAUUGAGAUCUUA